AUGACUAUCACCAUGCAGGAGUUCCUCUCUUUCCUCAACAUGGGGGAGCCUCCUGUUUACAACUUCCCGCUCCUGGAUAGAGACAUGGGCUGCAAAGUGUACCUAAAGAUGGAGAAUAUGAGCAGCAACAUGGAUAUUGCUUAUCGUUGCUAUGCAUACUCAAUUGGAAAGAUUACAGGGUGGGACAAGAGUAAGAGCAUAUGUUUCAAGGUGACUAACUACAAGGCUUUUCCUUUGCUGAUACCGCUCGUUGGUGCAGCCGCCAGCCUUCACUAUAGAAUAAGUGUUCAGUUUGCCCCGGGCCUGCUCACCAACUUUGCAUAUGCGUUUGUCGCCUAUGCAUGUCACGAGCUCGGAGCUGAUCUGGACAACUAUGUCGCAGAUAUCGUGGUGGAAAAGGUUGUUCACAUAAGUGACCACUUCCGUGAGGCCAUAUGGCUUAUGCUUGAUGCAACGCAUGCGCAGAUGGCCAACGAGGUAGACAUAGUUCACCAAGUAGUGAUCCCUCAGAACGUCAUGCUCUAUCGCAGAAACGACUUUGCAACGUACUGCCUUGAGUAUUACAAGAAGAUCGCAUUCAGUGGCGAUCUCACUCUCGUGCACCUUAAGCACAUCCCUGCAAUGGAUCCACACGUAUGGGUCCAAACUGUGCGCGACAGUGUUACCCACGAGCAGUUCUUUGCCAAUUGCAUCUUUGGUGAGACGCACCCUAUUGUCAAAGCCGCGUUCGAUGCCCUCUACAAUGAGAUAGAUACGGUUAAGUACUUCAAGAAACUCAUUGAGAAUCAGUACAACGAGCUCGUCAACUCCGUGUCCCAGGAAGAGCUUCGCGGCUUCCCAUAUAGCACAGCGCUUGUUGACCAGGACAUGGUUCAUCUAGGUUUUUACAAGUUCCUGUCUACCACUCACUGCAUCAGCACAAAUGUCCACGUGGAGGCAUUCACAGCCCUGCUUCUGCGAACGACCGGUUUCAGAAGAUUUAACCCGACACCAAACGUACUAUGCUUCAUCACAGGGGCGGUCUCUGCCUCUCUUGAGGAAAUAGACAUUGCAUCAAAUAUUGAAUACUCCUUGAUGCAUGCCCUAAUCCAGUCUGGAGAGCUCAUGAACUUCGUUGUCAAGCUCAACACACUUGAUGGGAAUCUCAUGACCCGUUUGACAGAUAUCCUCUCCAAGCACUCGAUUAAUAUUCUUAGCUUUCACGUAAAGACUAUACAACACCAGCAGGUCUCUAUCAAGGCCUCGGGCCCUGGCUACCAGCACUUAGUUUCUUUGUACAAUGAGUUGUCCGAGGUCUUCGGUGAUGAGAACAUCCUGGGGUUGGCGAUCCCUAAGUACAAUAUAAAGGAGGAGGGGCUGCGCGAUGUCUCCUAUGAGGAGUUCAAUGAGGGAGCUUCGUCCAGUGGCGAGCCCAUCAGAACAUAUGUUUCCCCCAUCAAGUCGUGUGAUGAGAUAACGCCGGCAACUAUUGAGCUUGCUUACAACAAGCUUCAGGCAGCUAAAGCCAUACACGAGACCCCCUGCAUCAUCUCCAAGGCGUACAGCAAUAUUUUGCAGAAGAAGACAGGCGUUGACCACACCGUUAUUCUCCAGUUUGAAAAUGUUCAGCAGACGGGCUCGUUUAAGAUCCGCGGGGCGAGCAAUAUGCUCAUUAAGAGCAAGGAGUGGGCCGAGAGCAAUAAUACUGAGAUCUCUGGGGUUGUGGCAUGCUCUGCAGGAAACCACGCCCAGGGAGUCAGCAAGACAAGUGACUUGUUGGGUAUUCGCUGCACAAUAGUUUGCCCUGAGACGGCUCCGACUGUCAAAUUGGUUAACACAAAGCGAUACAACGCCGAAGUGAUUAAGCACGGUGCUGUCUUCGAUGAGGCAAGCAAGUAUUCCCAGGAACUCUGUGAGAAGCGCGGCUGGAUGUUUAUCCCGCCCUAUAACUCGUUCGACGUCAUUGAGGGCCAAGGAACAAUUGCUCACGAACUGAUGAACAAGAUGGUCGGGCAAGGGCACGUUUCCUCCAUUGACCGCAUCCUGGUCAAUAUUGGAGGAGGCGGUAUGAUUUCAGGAAUCUCCCUUUACGCUAAGAGAGUCAAUCCAAAUAUCAAGAUCACAGGGAUCCAAGCAGAGAAGGUGUUUCCUCUCCGCAACUACAAAGAGAGUGGCCAGCUUGUCCCUGUUGACAAAACGGCUGGAACAAUAGCAGAUGGCUGCAAUGUCAAGGUUCUUGGAGGAAUCCACAACGAUGUCCUCAAGAACUACGUUGACGAGUUCAUUUCGGUGACUGAGAACGAGAUCGCCAGUGCGGUUGUUCAUGCUCUUAUCACGACAGGGACGCUCUGCGAGGGCGCCGGAGCAAUGGGUAUUGCGGCCCUGAUGUAUGACAAGCUGACCCUUGCUGAGCGUGAGAACAUAGCUGUCGUUCUGUGUGGUGGCAAUAUCGACCUCACUAGAGUCAGACAGAUCUAUAACUACGGACUCAUUGCUCUAGGGAGGAUGCUCAGCGUUGAGAUCAGACAGGCAGACACAUAUGGCAGCCUUGCAAAGCUCAGCAAGAUUGCCUUGAAAUACUACUCUACCAUACGAUAUGUUACAUACCUGCGAGGCGGAGAUGACCUUGAUUGGGACCAGAUGGUCGUGAAGGUGGACAUCAAGAUUCCAAGCCCUGCAGUCUAUGGCUUGCUUAGCCAAGAGAUUCGUGCGUCCUUUGAUACAGUUACAUUUCUGGGUGAAACCGUUAUCCCUCGUUACCCUGUGUCAGCCCAUGCACCUGAGCUGGGAUCGUCUGCUGUGGAGAACUCUCAGGUACGCGUCGUUAAGAAGUGA